ACCUUUGUGCCGUGACGUCACAAUUUCUUCCGCCAUUUUACCUAGACAUCGGCCAUUUUCUGGUGACACGUCUGCAAUCCAACUAAAUCCACAGGAAUCUACCCACAUUUGACCUUUCUGAGAUUCUAAACCAGCCACAAAGUAUCCCAUCUAUCAAGAUGUGGAAGAUUCGAGAGAUCACGGACAAAGUCACCAAUGUGGUGAUGAACUACUCCGAGGUGGAAGCGAAGGUCCGAGAAGCGACUAAUGACGACGAGUGGGGCCCCCACGGGUCGCUGAUGGCCGAGAUCGCCAAGUACACCUUCACAUACGAACACUUCCCUGAAGUCAUGGGCAUGCUGUGGAAGAGGAUGUUAACAGAACCUAAGAAAAACUGGAGGAGACCUUACAAGUCCCUACUGCUGCUGUCAUACUUGGUGAGGAACGGUUCUGAGCGAGUGGUCACCAGCGCGAGAGAACACAUCUAUGACCUGCGCCAGCUGGAAGACUACACCUUCAAGGAUGAGCUGGGCAGAGACCAGGGAAUAAACGUUCGUCAGAAAACCAAAGAUUUGAUUGACUUCAUCCAAGACGACGAAAGACUCCGCACUGAAAGGAAAAAAGCCAAGAAGACGAAGGACAAAUACAUCGGCAUGUCCAGCGAUGCAUUUGAAGGAGGCGGCAGCAGCAGAUACAAAAGGAGCCCUGAUGGUGACAGGUACGACCCCGAGCCACGUAACAUGAGUGCCAUGAAGGAGUACGACGACGAGAUUGAAAGACAGAACAAAACACGGCCCAAGUUCAGCCUUCCAGCCCGCAUCUUUGAAGACUCACCAGCAGGAAGCAUAGGAGAGUCAGACGAGGAUGAAGGGUACGCAGAUGAACCCACGAACAGAAAAGGAAAGAAAUGGCAAAAAGACAAUGGCGGAAGCGGGGGCGGUGGUGACGAGGACGCAGAGGAAGCCUACAGCGACAGCGAGGACAGGGGGAGUAACUCGUUCAAAGACGAAGAGACGUACGAGUCCCACGAAACAACGAUGACAACGAGAAAAGAGCGCGUGACCAAGAGGACCUCGAGAGGCAAGAUUGACCUAGGGGCUGCAGCCUCGUAUGGGAAGACUGCAGGAAGGACAGAGGAGACAAAGGAAGCCAACCCCGUUGCAGCGAAGCCUACCAACGACCUUGACCUUCUAGUUGACACUGCCCCGCCCGUCAUGCAGCCGACCAGUCCUGCUGGCUCCUCGUCAGGGUUUGCAAACUUCGCAGACUUCAACUCCGCUCCCGCAACGGACGGGUUCGACCCCCGUGGGAGGACCGUCUCUCAAGCUCUAGGCUCACAGUCACAGACGUUGUUAGAUCUCAGUGCCCCGGCCUCAAGCCAGUACACUGCAUUCACCUCCACCAGUUUUCCCACACUGUCAUCUCAGGGCAGUGAUUUUGGUGCAUUCCAAGCAGUUCCAAACAGUCCUCCAGAGCAGUCCUACUCGGCAUUCCAGUCCACAGAAUUCUCCACCACCACGUCCACCAACAUGGCGUCUGCCAACGUGAGUAACCAGGCACUGCUGGGGGCCAUGAUCGCACCACAACCCAUGCAGAUGAUGCAGCCAAUGGGGGCCGCGCCCCUUCAGCCCCAGCCCGUCCUGCAGCCGAGUCAGCCCCAGUUCCCAUCUAUCACUCCCCAGCCUUCUAGUUCUACUCCCCCUGCUUCUGCCUCUGAGGCAGGCACUCCACAGAAGCCAGUCGCUCGACUGUGGGCCAACACUAACGUCAACAUUAACCUGGACAACCUGAGCCCAGGACGGCAGCCGGAGAGACCGGCACAACCCAGUAUGAACCAGCUGGCUGGACAGAGUCCUAUGGGUGGAAUGCCAGCAGGCAUGACGUCCCCACAACAAAUGAUGAGCCCAACCAGCCCCAUGGGAGGUAUGCCCGCCAACAUGGCCGCCAUGCCCACCAGCAUGGGUCCCAUCACGUCGGGGAUGGGCAACAUGCAGCUGGGCACCAACCCUCAGAUGAUGAACCCCAUGAUGCAGCCAAUGGGCAUGCAAGGAACGAUGGGUAUGCAGCCGGGAAUGGGGAUGCAAGGCAACAUGGGAAUGCAGCCAGGAAUGGGGAUGGGCAUGCAAGGCACCAUGGGUAUGCAGCCAGGGAUGCAGCAGGGAAUGGGGAUGCAAGGAACCAUGGGAAUGCAGCAGGGCAUGAUGGGAGGAGGAAUGGGAGCAGUACCAAACCCGAUGCAACAGAGACAAGACAAAGCAUUUGCUGCUUUUGGAAACUUUGGGAAAUGAUGUAACAAUGGACAAUAGAACAUUUCAGAGACAUUUUCAGUCACGUUUUCUUAUCUCGCUGUACUAGAGUAGAUUAAAUGUAUUGGGGUCAGAAAGAAAAUCUGGGGAAAAUUCCAUAGCAGAUCAUACUUACAGUGUGCCAAUAUCAGGUAAGAAGUAAGAAAAACACAGACUUAUGAAUUAUUUCCAAAAUUCAUGUAUGACACUUAGAUUAUGCAAAAGAAAAGGAUGGAUAUACUUUCAGGGUCCACACAAAAAUGUACACAACAGUAUUGCAGACUUCAUUUUGUGAAAUUACAACCUGAUCAAGUUUAGAUUCUCACUGUGUUUACAGAACAGUGACUGCUUUUCUUCUUUUUGGCAAUGCCUCAGGGGCAUAGCCUUUUAAACAGCAAAUCUUCUUCUUCUUCUUCUUAUCUCAAAUCUUCUUGCAAGAACAGCUCCACAUGUUGUUAGACUGUACCUAGCAGUGCUGCAAGUGCCUGCAUUAGGCAGUAACAUUUUAUUCCCUUCGUACUCGGACAAAGAUAUUGCAAGAGGACACAUGAUAAAAGAGGGCUAGGAGGAAAACUUGGAUUUGACUAGAUUCUCUGUUCCUUUGUUACUAUGUCAGUUUUUAUUUUGACCAACCAGCAUUGUUUUUUUUAAAUCAACCAACAAAUUGAUCAGGCGUGGCCUUAGUUCAGAGAAAGGUAUUAAUGCAUUGGAGUUCUUCGUACAGUAACAGGGAGAUUGAGUGUUGAUUUGGAUAUGUGAUAAGGGUAAAUGAUCCAUACAAUGUAUGGAGAAACGAGACAUGCCCACAUUAGGAACUUCACUAAUAAUACCGAUUAAGAAUUAGCAUGUGGCUGUUUUAAAUACUUGUAAUUACAGAAAAUAUUGUAUAUAUAUUCAAAGUUAUGUACCUGUACAGUCAAAUCUUGGUAAUUGUUCCAUGGUUAAUGAUAAUGAUAAUAUUAAGGAAAAGUCACAUUGUAGUGUAGACAUGCAAAUCUAUUUUUCACCUGUCUGUUUUGUAGCUAGCGUUUGCUAAUUCUUGCACAUUCCAAGAACAACUCUUUUAGGGGUAGUCUCAAAACAUUAUGUGCAGGUUCCACUCAGAAUCAGUUUUUUAAGUGAAACCAAACUGCAGUUCAGUAAGGAAGGUUCGAGUUUUGUGUAUGGUCACAUUUUUCGCUGGUAUACAUGGAUUAGUUUGUGUGUGCUCUUGCAAACUGUAUCUAGCUUCCUGUUGGUCACCUUUGAUGAUGGCACUCUUGAGAGUACAUCUGUAGUUAACCCUGACACAUGCUAACAAAACAAGUGCAACAGCUAUUAAAUCCCCAUUACCAUCAACUAUCUAUUGUCUAUCGUGUGCAGAACAGAAGUGAUGUUCAUACUACUUGUAGUGAUGGACAAACCUUAUGUUCCCCUUGCAGUUGUCACCAGUGUACAGGAAAGAACUCAAGCUGUGCUGUGCAAUUUGAGCAUGUAUUUUCCAGCUACACAUAUCAGGAUCUCUUCCUAAAUGGUAGUUUAUUAUAAACAUGUCAUGGGUAAAUUCGACAUUAAUUUUUUUUGUGAUGUUACAAUCAAGAUGCAUGCAAGACAGUAUGAUUACAUUUAACUGCCACAAAGUACAUGUUUUUGUCUACGUUACAAUGCUAAUUCUCCGUUCUCAAUAAAUAUGAAGAUUUUAUUUA